UUCACGAGCUUCAGCUGCCGAGGCGAGUUGCUUGCGCUCGGUACAUGAACACUUUGUACUACCGCUCGCCUGCUAUGUGCUACGCUUCUGAACCCAGACUGACGGCGCUGGAGAUGCCCAAGAUCCCUGCAAGGCCGGAGCCCACGGGGCCCCAGUACUUUACCUUUGAUCCUCUUCCGCAGGUCGAGAUAAGCCCAACUCAUAGGAAAGUCUCUAAGACGAACAGGAUCAAGAAGCGAUCCCGGAGGGUCCUCUAUCCCCCAGUGGCGAAACGCUACUACCCCACAGAAGAACCCAGCUAUGCCAAACGCCUUCUCUUUAUCCUCCUUGCUAUCGUCCUCUUCCAAAUCUACAAUGCUGAGGAGGAGCUCCCCGCCGUGGCGCCCUCCUUGAGCACAGAAGAAAACACCUCCAGUUGCUUCUCAGAGAUAACAGAAUCCAGCAGAGAACCCCUUCCCCUGGAAGAGCCACUUCCUACAGUAUUCUCUGUGGAGAUCAUGGAGGGGGACAAUAUGACCAGCUGGUACUGGGAAGAGGAGGUCUCCGAAUCUGCUGUUGACAUCACCCAGUUUUUGGAGCAGAGCCCAGCUGCGUUUUGAAGGUUCUCAAAGGGGAAAAAAACUGUGAGGAAGGCAACAAGUUCAGAGGUUACUGUUGCUGUUCAGGAGGACUCUGACUUGAGAAGAAAGUGACUUUCUUCUGAGUAGGACUUGAGCCAUCGAUUACUUAAUGGCACUGGGAACCCAGCCAACUCCUUCCGGCACUCUGGCGGAAGUUUCCUCUUAAUCAGCACUUGCGACUGACGUCAAACAGUACUUGAAUUGAACUUACACUACAUUUGUAAUGCUGGGAGGCAGAAGUUCCUUCUUUCUGCCCCAAGCAGAAAAGGGAUAUUUAAUAAUUUAAUAUUUAUUUAUUUAUGUAAUAAUAAUAUUAAAAUGAUGAGGAUAAUAAUAAUAUGUAAAUUAAACUGACUUUAUUCAGAACUGUGUACACAUGAGAGUUUGCAGGAAAAAAUGCUAGCUUAUGUGUUACACUGAAUGUUUUAAAAAUUGUAGUUUGUGUCUCACUGACAGGACAGAAUUAGAACUGAAAUUGUGUGAUUCCAGUUAUAUUGUUGGAAAUGAAAUUAAUGUGGAAAAACCAAUUACUACUUGAUUUAUAACCUGCACUUUUCUGGAAGGCUCAUCUUGGUGUAAUGAAGAUUAAACUACAGUUGAGAUUUUGGGAGAUAGAGUUAAUGGUGCUUGUAGAAGUUUUGGGGAAAUUGUUUUUUGUGAUAGGUAAUAAAACUAUCUCUGACAGGCUUAAUUUAUAUGUGACAUUUCUGAAUCCAAGGGUUAAGACAGUACUACUUGUUUGCUUCUCGGUACAGGGGAAGAUCUUUUAGGACACUUGACAAGUCUUUUUGGAGAAAAUGCAACAUCUAUUUCAUGGUGUGUGUUUUUCUGCUCUGGAUAUUGGCCAGUAAUGUCCCUUGUUACAGUGUUUUGCUUACUGUGUAAGUAUGGCACUCUCAGAAACAGUGACCACAUCCAGACCAACAUUCCUGAAAUACUAGUAAAUUCCUUUUGUAAGUUGCACUUUGUGUGUCCACCCUAUUCCAGAUAAAUUGUCUGAAAUCUGUAUGUUCUGUGAACAAAUGAAUAAAUGUUUUUACAUGAA